ACAAUGGUCUGCCGCGAUGAGUGGAGAAGCUCCCCCUCCUGGCCUGUCUGAUCAUUACACGCAAUGCAGGAACUUUCUGACGGCGCAGUAUCAUGGGAGUCGCCAUAUUGGAACACCUCCUGUGUGGGGGUGGUAACAUGAAAGCUAGUGAUGACGUCAGCUUGUUUCCACGGUAACGGAUUAACGCUGGUAAGAAUACAUCGGAGCAUAAAGAUCAAAACUGCUGAAAAAUCAGACACAAAGAAAGCGAAGGAGACAAGCGGCGAGCCGGGGGAUCUCAGCAUGUCCCAGCAGCUGAUGGCGAGUGGACACCACUGUUCCACCUCUAAGUACCACCAUGUUACCCCCCAAACAAACAGGAAGAUUAUAGAGACCACUGUAAAGAGCGGGACUCCAAUUCAUGCUACAGGUGGUAAGAGCCCCACAGAAGUGAAAGGCCGAAAAAAGAAGUCAGACUAUCAGCUACGUAAGAACUGUGAUACAGAGAAAGUCAAAACGAAAAAAAGUGGCCUUGUUUUGAUGACAUAUAGUAGGCAGCCCAUGUCUAGUCUGCUUUCGCAGUGCAAACGCCUAGAGGAGGAGAAUGUAGCAAUGCUGAGACAGAUCGUGAAGAUGGAAGAUGAGGCCAUGAAGAGUGCCUCCCAGCAGCUUCAGCAGUAUGACAGGGCAGGGAGUAAUGUCCGGGCUGUACAGAUUUGGACAGAACAACAAAUUCAGGAUGCUCAACAGGAUCUGGAGUUAACCAAGGACAGAAGAGAGAAAGAUGUCAAUGCAGAACUGCAUCUUCAGCUGCAGAAUUGUGAGCAAAAGAUACAAGAUGCCCAGAAAGACCUGCAACAACUGCGAGAGUACCGAGAUUGUGGCCAUUCAGUGAAAGUACUUCAGGCUGCAGAGCUUGAGAGACAACUGUGCGUGUUAAGUGAGUUGCAUCAGGACCAGGCUGCAGAUGUGGAAGCGUUGGCUCAAACAGAAAUUGAAAAAUUGUUGGAAAGUUAUCAGAAAAUAAAGGACGAUAUGCUCCAGGGUGUAGUAGAGCAACACGUGGAGGCUCUGCCUUUGUCACUGAAAAGGAUGUGUCUUCAGAACCAGGAGAUGAGAAGUGAAAUCACAGCAUAUCAGCAGAUGAUUACAGGAUUUCAGGAUGACAUUAAAAAGUUGCUGGAAACUGGAGAUUCUCUUCGUAAGUCAUGGAACAAGGAGACAGACAGACUUCACAAGGCGCUCCUGCUCAGCAGACCCUGUUGUUCGGCUAAUGAAGAUGUGGUCCUGGAUAUCCCCCUAAACAGACCAAUGUAUAUCUAGUAUCUGGUGCAUGACACAUUCUGUAAGCUGAAGACUUCAUCACACCCUUCACAUACAGUUACUUCUUAGACUGUGCUCUUCUACUGAACAACCCAUGGAACAUGAUGAUAAAAGGAGGACGUUGUAUAUAUGUUGAUGGAUGUAUGUGAUGGUUAAAGUGCAUGUCUGUAGAGGGGUCAGACAAAAUAAGCAUGGCAUCAUUUGAAAGAUUUGGAAAGCUGGAUGAUAACCCAUGUGGCAGCAUAGUGACAAAAUUAAUCACCCAGUCUUCCUAGAGACAGACAUAAAUUAGAAUUAAUUUAAUUCAGAAUAGUACAACUCAAGACCCCCUUCUCUACCACCGUUAGGGGAGGGUGAGGAAUUAUUUUAAAUACACUGAAUGCUGAUGCUACUGUUCUUAAGUACAUGUUUAAAUCUUUCUUGCACCUUCACCACAAACCUCUGCAGGACAGCGUGACCGAUGAGAGUGGAUGAUAGAAAGUUGCAGUCUAUCCCAAUUGAUGCCUGUAGAACAGGUUUUUAUGAACGUGUAGGGGGAGGACAACGUUUGUGAAGUACAUUAUAAGGUGACAUGGGAUGUGCACUAUUGGUAGUAUAUUGCAAACUACCCAAGGGCAGUAAGGGGCUAAUUAACCUAUGAUACAUACCAAACCCCAGGGCCGUGGCCCGGGAUAUAAACUCCUAUUGUACCACCCCUAAAACUUAACUUUUACUGUGCAUGGUUAAAAUGGUAAUCCCAAUAAACAAUAAGGUUAAAACUAAUUAACAGGUGA